CUCUUUUUUUUAACAUAGUUUAAUUUCGUUAAGCAUUAAAGUUUUCUAAUUUGAAAAAGAAAAGUCUUAAUAGUUAAGUCAAGAAUUUGGUUCUUCACUCUGAUUUUGGUUAGUAGAACCUUUUUUUCAUUUCAUUUCCAUUCAAUUUCAUUUCAUUUCAGAGAGAGAUGUGGCCUGCGAUUAUCUGUGGUUUGAUUAUAUACAAAUUGUUCAAAUGCUUCUUUUACGACGACGACGUUACAGACAUUGAAGCUUCUGAUUCCACCGUUCUCUUCACCGUCGCUGAUAGGCUUCAAAAGCUUUUUGGAGGUAAGGUUUUUGUUGGUCUGAGAAUUCCUGAUGCCGAUUCUGCUUCACCAAAAUCCAUUGAUCUCGUUCUUGUUACUAAACGAGAGCUACUAGUGGUAGCCGUGAAGAAUUUCUCAGGAAUUUUGACAGUUCAAGGCGAUGGUACUUGGCACUCUGAAAAGCCAGGCAAACAUAAUAAAGUUGAGCGUCAUCCUGAUCCGGUGGAAGAAGUGAGAAAGCAAGCUUCUAUUCUUGAAUCCUAUCUUGAACAAAGAGGGGUUAAUCUACCUAAAGGAUUUCUAACUUGUAAAGUUAUACUUCCAAAUCCUAAAUUAUGUACCAUUCCUACAAGUGAUUUUCCACCUGAAGUUAUUACCCAUGAACAAUGGAAGCUACAGAAGCCAGGGACAAAGACUGUGAUCUCUAGUUGGGUAAAGAGUGCCUUUCUUAGCGGCAAGAGCGAUAUGCAAGAAUCUGGUAAUAAGAAUCUUGAAUUUGUUCUUAGCACAGCUCCAAUAUGGGACAGGUUGGAACUGAAAGGCAACAAGUAUGCAUUGGGAGAGUUCCUAGAAUUUAAGGGCAAAUCAGAAGAUGUCGAGGCAUUAAGACAUAUCAGAAGAUCAAAAGUUGGUAGCAUGAUAAUCCAAAAGACAACUCCUUCUACGCUUCAAGUUUUAUACACUUUGCGCGACUAUAGAACCGAGGGAGCAUCAGCACCAGAGUUGAAUGAAGUGACUGUAAGAUCAAAUACUGAGAUCAUCUUUCAGGCCGAAAAUGGUACCAAAAUCAAAAAAUUUAAGCUCUCUUCAGUCUGCUCUAUGCAUCUUAGCGCAUAAAGUUACUCAACUGAAAUGUUGGAAAUGUCAAUAACAGUAGUUUGUCUGUUUUUUUGACAUACAAUACUAUUUCAUGCUUGCAUUAUAUAUAGACAUAGAUAUCGAUAUAGUUGGCUGUUUUAUUUUAUUCACAUGAUCAUACUAUAAUAACAAUGAAAAUUUAGCUUGUCAAACUAUACUCAUGACUGACAAUAACUCUUGUGGUGGCUACAUUACAACUC